AUGCCAUUCAUGGAAGGAAAAGAGAAGAUCAGGGAGUAUCUUCAGAAGGUGAACGAGAAAGAAAAUGUCAUUGAAUACACAUUAUUCCAACCCGGCAUAUUCCUAGACUACCUUGCCUUCCCGCACAAGACAUCUAAGUACAUCGACCCACUCCAAACCUUCUUCGACAUCCAGAACAAACGAGCCAUCGUCGUCGCUGGUCACGAAGACGCCAUCAUGACUCUGACCACGGCCGCAGACCUGGCUGCCAUUGUUGCUCGAGCAGUCGACUAUGAGGGGAAAUGGCCUAUAUAUGGUGGGAUCCGGGGCAACCGGUGCACUUUCUCGCAGAUCAUUGAGAUCGGAGGGAGAGUUCGAGGGCAGCCCUUCAUCGUUGAGAAGGCUCAACUCUCCGACCUCGAAGCCGGAGAGCUCAAGACGUCAUGGACGCUUGAAGCGGUGCACGCCGCAGUCUCCCCGGCCGAGGCCGCGGCGAUGCUGAAAAUUGUGUCCAUUGGGAUUCUACUGAGUAGUACCAAGGGUGCUUGGGAUGUAUCCGAUGAGAUGAGCGCAUUAUUCCCAGAUCAUCGAUUUACUCGGGUCGAGGAAUUCCUCGAAAAGGUGUGGGGUGCGAAAGCAGAGUGA